AUGUCGGAUCCCAUCAACGCAAACCCCACCAUCAUUGAUGUGUCGGAUCUUCCCACUCGACUUGAAGACACAUACAAACAGAAAGAUGCCAAGCAGGAACUUGUGGAGAAAAUCACUCUGCUCUCGCUCCGUCAUAGACCAACAUCUACCUCGUCCAAGCUUCCAGAAUUAGUAUCUGAUAAUGACACAGAUGCCACGGAAGACGAACUUGAAGAAGAGGAGGAAGACGCUAUAGAUGCUCAGGAGAUCUUCGACCUUAUUGCUAGCAUUUCAGACCCUGAGCAUCCCUUGACAUUGGCUCAGUUGGCAGUGGUUAACCUACCAGACAUCACCGUCACUCAUGGAGCAAAUAAGACCACCGACAUGUCGGAGGUAUUGAUCAAAAUCACGCCCACCAUUACUCACUGCUCGUUGGCCACGUUGAUUGGACUUGGGAUCCGUGUACGCCUCGAGAGAUCGUUACCUCCGAGAUUCCGUAUUCGUAUUUUAAUUAAAGAAGGUACCCACCAGUCGGAGAACCAGGUCAACAAGCAGUUGAACGACAAAGAGAGAGUUGCUGCUGCUUGUGAGAACGACCAGCUACUUACGGUAAUUCUGCAAAUGUUGAGCACUUGCAAGUGA